CUGCCGCCCAAGGACGUGCCGGGUCUGUUUGUGCCUCUGGUGCAGAUGGCCAUCUGUCUGCAUCCGGACAACUCGGCUGCCCUCGUCAAUGAGGCCCUGCUGGCCGCCGCGAAUGCCCUUGAACGUCUUGGUCCUGCUCGGCUCGAUCAUAGAAUAACACUAACGAAAUCCCUUCGGCACUUUUAUCUUGAGGAGGGCUAUUUUGUUAGCCAGGUAGUGUUGUUAGAAGAACGGAAUUGA